AUGGAUCCCUCGUUACCUUCUUCAGUCGUCAAGCUUUUAAAAGAAAAACACUUUCUUCAUUUAGCAACGUGCUGGGAGAAUAAGCCACAUGUCUCGUUAAUGAACUACACUUACAUUAGUAAGAACAAUGCACACUACAUAGUGCUCUCGACACCAAAAAAUACCACCAAAUACUCCAACAUCACCAAGAAUCCACAGGUGUCGCUUUUAGUACAUGACUGGCUCAAACUGAACCCAGAAGAGGGCGGUCGCCGGAACUCGCUCUACGAGCUUUUAACCAACAUCAACAGAACCGAAUUGACCGACAGCGUGUCUGUUAUGCUCGACGGUGCUGCGCAGGUUUUGGCCGAUGAUGAUGAGGACUUCGAGUUCUGGAAACUGUUGCACUUGAACAGUGGUUUUAAGGAUGAUGUUCAGGCUUGCAACUACUUGACAAGCGGCGACAAUGCGUUGGUAUUGGUGACGAUCAAGGCAUGCAAGGUCACGGAUGCCAAAAACAAUGUCGAGCUGUAUUGA